AUAUUCGAUAAACAACAGUCAUAUGAAUCCUUAUGAAAGCUGGCCAUUGGGUUUGGGGUUGGGUGAAGGCAGGAUAUCUCCGAAAUUUAGGAAACCUUUUUCGAAAAUUAUGCCACAGAAACCCCAAACCAGAUGGGCUUCCCCUGUCACCAUCAUGUCGUUGCUCUUAGUUGUGCACCUAUAUAAACCCACAGCCCCAUCCUCGUCAAAAUCACUCACCUGCUGACUUGUUUCACGUUCCGGCACUGUGUUUACAGUUGUGUGUUUAGCAAAAAUGUAUUGUCGGCUUUACAUGGUGUACCUGAUAUGUGCACUUCUCCUAAUAGUGUCUCUUCAAGGAACUGUCGGAGCCAGACUUCCACAGUCCCAAAAGGACAAAGAGCAAAUGCUGAAGAACGUACGAGAAAAAAUCGAGUCUCUGCAAAAGCAUUAUCAUACAACUGGUACAGAAUGGUUUGGAAAAUCUGUUUUGUCUUCUCAUCUGCAUCAGCUGAAUUCCAAGGCCUCCUGCACUUGUCAGUCUCUGCUGCUUGAUAGUAUGUUGAACAUCACUGAAACAAUUUUUCAAGACAUGAGAGGGAAAGCUGAGAAUGAAGAAACAAAAACCAGCCUCAGAGAUGUAAUGACUGAGGUGAAAAUGCUGAGACACAAGUACAGUGAAGAACAGAAAGUAUGGAGGGAGCUUCAGGACAUUCACUCAGUCGAGGUGAAUAAUGGCAAAAUCCAGAAAGGAGCACUAAAUUCCUUUCUCAUUUUGUAUGAUCUGGCCUACUGAGGAAAACCGAGAGGGACAAUCACCGAGAAUCAUCUUAAUUUCACUCGCUGUCAAUUAUUUUAAUAAGCAUUAUUUAUUAUUCCACU